UGGUCUUGAUGAUACAUUGCGUGGAUUGCAGGGUUUCUUGAAAGAACUUCGCGAUAAGUUUCAUAGGUCAUACAUAGAUCUUUUAACUUUAAACCGACAAUUUACUACAGUAUAUGGACAAUCAGAAAGGCCUAGACAGCGCGUGGACCAAACGAUCCCUGCUAUCUCUUGGAUUUAUCAGAAAGUUUCUGGUCCAACUAUUGCGAACCGCUUUGCGGAUCUGGAGCAUACGAAUUCAAUUUGUCUUCCUAUUGGCAUUAAAAGGCUACAGUUAACCCUUCAUAUGCUUGAUGAAUCAGAUAAAUUCUAUGGGAAACAACUGCGUUUACCAUACCAAGAGGAUGCGACGUCUUCGGGCGAUAUACGUGAUAAUACAUUAGAUUCAGAUUUAAUCCCCCCUGAGAGGACCAAGAAGGUACGCACUAAGUUACUUGCAAACAAUCCUGAAAAAUUGCCUUCUCGCCUUUUCUUACAUUUCGAAAGUAUUCAGUUCAAGCCCGAUGAAGAAAACGUGGAUAUCGAGGAAGUUAACAGCGAUAACUUUCUCGAUAACAUUUUACAAAUGACUUCAUUUGCGUAUCAACAAUUCACGGCUACAUAUCAAAAAAGGUAA